CAGGCCUUCGCUCUCAACUCAACUCACCCUCACUCACUUCUGCCCAACAUGUCCGGCCGCCAGCAGCGAGUGAUGGUCCAGCCCAUCAACGUGAUCUUCAAAAAUCUACAACAGCGCACCAAAAUCUCCAUCUGGCUAUAUGAUAACGUCGAUAUGCGCAUCGAGGGUCGAAUCAUUGGAUUUGAUGAAUUCAUGAACGUGGUCAUCGACGAAGCGGCCGAGGUAUUUGUCAAGGACGCGAAACCACGCCGAGAGCUGGGUCGUAUUCUAUUAAAAGGCGACAACAUCACCCUCAUCCAGCAAGUUGCAUGA